AUGAAAUUGGACGAUAGAGUUGUGGAGGGUGGGAGGGCCAUAGCGGACGAGUUUGCUACUUACUUUAAGUCUGUGUACGAGCCUUGUCAGCUGGGCAGCGACGACCUGUGUCGGCGUGCGCUCCACUCACCGACCCUGCCUGGCGUCCCGUGCCUCAAUGUCUCCUGUGUCUCGUAUCAUGAUGUCCUCUCUGCACUCAAAAACCUCAAACCUAAAAGAUCUCUUGGUCCAGAUGGAAUACCGCCAUAUAUUCUAAAAGCCUGUGCAGAUUUUGGUAAUCAAGUUGAUGUUAUCUACACCGACUUCGAGAAGGCCUUCGACAAAGUUGAUCAUCUGGCUUUGCUUUCGAGAUUGAACUACUUCGGUUUUUCUGAAGGACUCUUAAAAUUCUUCUGUUCAUAUCUCAGGGGUCGAAAACAAUUUGUAUCUUUUGAGGGACACCUAUCAGAACAAUUUGAUGUAGACUCAGAUCAAGAUUAG